UUCACUAUCGCGUAUCCUCUCAGUAGGACAUUGAAACGUCUAGAGGUGAAGUUGACACGCUGAAAAUAUCAAUAAGGUUCCGGAAUGUUUCAGUUUUCGUUUUUGUUUAUAUUUGUUCUUUCCCUGAGUAAUCAGUGUUUUGGUGAUGUUUCUCAUAUUGUCUCUCAAUAUCAACCACAAGAAACAACUACCAUUCCACCACCGCCAGUACCAUACAGCUUUCAUUACAAAGCUGGAAGAUUUCCUGGACAAAUUGAUCGAUAUCGAUCAGAGUCUGGAGAUGGUUCAGGAGUAAUUCAUGGCACUUAUGCUUACAUUGAUCCUAAGUUUAAGAUUAGAACAGUUGAUUAUACAGCAGAUAAAAAUGGUUUUCAUCCAAUUCUAAAAAAUUUUGAAGAUGUUCAAAAACUUCCUGAGGAUUCAGAAGCAGUAAAAUUGGAAAGAGAAAAGCAUUUCCGACUCUAUAAUAAAAUUGCUAGUGCUCAAGCCAACCCAGGGAAUGCAGAUCAAGUCUUACCAAGGGAAACAUAUAGUGUAGCCAAAGCAAGAAAUCAUCAUAUGGAACUCUUUAGAAAAAUAGCAGCUGAACAUGAAGCAAUUGCAGCUCAACGAGAAGCAGCUCGGUUGGCUUACGAAGCAACAUCAGUACCCAACAUUGUUGAAGAGCCAGUUGUUUAUUAUUAACUUUAUUAUACAAUAAAUAUCUCAUCGUGAUUUUAUUUUGAUUUGUUAUUCACGAGAGACUAAUCGAAGAAUCUAUCUAUAGCAAAAUAAUGAAGGCUCAUUCAGAAUUUAUAUAACUACUGUUGAUUGUAUCAAAUCUUAAUUAUUACAGACACAAUAAAUUUUUAUUAAAAAUGAAAAUUACUCAAAAA